AAAAGGACGACACCAGCCCAGGUGGCGGAUGCUGUCACCAUGUUCUCUUCUUACCCUCACUCCCUCUCACCAAUUCAAAAUCAACCACCAUUCUUACCACUAAACCUUACCAAUGGCAUAAAAAACUGUCGCGUCACUCGUUAAGCUACCAUCAGCCACGCUCGUUUCCACACCCUCAUAACCUCGUCUGUCGCUACCACCAGACCCAGCUUUCUUUUCGACCUUCCAUGACAUAGAAACCAACUUCAAAAAAACCAGCAUCUGGAAUGUUACAAGCAGGCAUAUCCGCGAUACCAGUGCCCGGUGCAUCAUUAUCCUCUGCCUCACCAGCAACCCUAACCCACACGCCCGAGACAACAACAACAACAACAACUCGCAGUACACCAGCAACCACCCCAACCACCUCAAGCACCCAGACCCCCCAACGCUUCUACCGCCUCAAAAACCAUGAACCCACCACUACUCCCCCCAAUCCCACCACCACCCCCGCGCACCUAAUCGAAACCACGCGCCGCACCGCGCUCUACACGCUCACCCUCUGCCGCAACGUCAUCACGAUUCUGGAGUUAACCCGGCUCCGCAAAUCCCGCAUCGGCCUGCUGCACUGGCUCGAGUUCUGGAACCGGUACUACGGACGGCGGUUCGGGCGCGCGCUGGCGGCGCACGUCACGCAGGCGCUGGGCCGCGUGGACGCGCUGUUCCGCGGCGUGGCCGCGGACCUGCACCAGCUGACGCAGCGGGUGCAGCACGCCGUGGCGACGGCGCUGCACACGGAGCACGAGAUUCUGGGGCUGCUCGAGCGCAUGGAGGACGAGGUCGGGGUGCGGCGGCGGCGGCGGCGGAAGAAGGCCCAGGCGAUUCUGGGCAGCAUGCGCGCGCGGCUCGAGGCCAUCCCCGUUAAAGUUAGCGAUGAGUUGCUGGAUGAUCUUAAGCGUGGCGUGUUUGCGUUGGAUGUUUAUUGUGAUUAUUAUCCCGGGGAUGAGGGGGGGACGGGGUCUUCGGCUGGGGUUGGGGAGGAUGGUGCGUGGACGGAGACGCGGUAUAUCACGCGCAGGCCGUUGAGUAUAGGUAUGGGGGGCAACUACACUCCUUAA